GUGCGAUUUCGGGGAGGGGGGAGGGCAAGGAGGCGGUCCUAGGCCUAGGUCUCAUCACGACUGCGCAGACGGGAUCCCGAAUGAAUAUGGCGACUUGUGCCGACAUCCUGCGGAGCGAGUUCCCAGAAAUUGACGGGCAGGUCUUCGACUACGUGACCGGCGUCUUGCACAGCGGCAGCGCGGACUUCGAGUCUGUGGACGACCUGGUGGAAGCUGUCGGCGAACUAUUGCAAGAAGUGUCCGGGGACAGCAAGGAUGACGCGGGCAUCAGGGCUGUCUGUCAGCGCAUGUACAACACUCUACGCCUGGCUGAGCCACAGAACCAGGGAAACAGCCAGGUGCUACUGGACGCCCCCAUCCAGUUGUCAAAGAUAAUGGAAAACUACGACUGUGACACCAAACUUCCAGGACUGCUAAAGAGGGAACAGUCCUCGACAGUGAAUGCGAAGAAACUCGAGAAGGCUGAAGCUCGACUGAAGGCAAAGCAGGAAAAGCGUUCAGAGAAGGAAACUCUGAAGACCAGCAGCCCUCUUGUCUUGGAGGAGGCAUCCGCUAGCCAGGCAGGCAGCAGAAAAGAGAGUCGGAUGGAAUCAUCUGGCAAGAACAAGUCCUAUGAUGUGCGAAUUGAGAACUUCGAUGUGUCCUUUGGGGAUAGGGUACUGCUGACUGGAGCAGAUGUGAACUUGGCAUGGGGCCGACGCUAUGGGCUGGUGGGACGCAAUGGUCUGGGGAAGACGACAUUGCUAAAGAUGCUGGCCACUCGGAGCCUGAGGGUUCCAGCCCAUAUUUCCCUGCUGCAUGUGGAACAGGAAGUUGCUGGAGAUGACACCCCUGCCCUGCAGAGUGUUCUGGAAAGUGACACCGUACGGGAAGACCUGCUACGGCAGGAACGGGAGCUCAGUGUCAAGAUUGCUGCUGGCAGGGCAGAGGGCUCAGAAGCUGCACAGUUGGCAGAAGUCUAUUCCAAACUGGAGGAGAUUGAGGCCGAUAAGGCGCCUGCCAGAGCAUCGGUCAUUCUCGCAGGACUUGGGUUCACCCCUAAAAUGCAACAACAGCCUACCAGGGAGUUCUCAGGUGGCUGGAGGAUGAGAUUGGCCUUAGCCCGGGCUCUGUUUGCCAGGCCAGAUCUCCUGUUGUUAGAUGAACCCACAAACAUGCUGGAUGUAAGGGCCAUCCUGUGGUUGGAGAAUUACCUGCAGACGUGGCCCUCCACAAUCCUAGUUGUCUCUCAUGACCGCAACUUCCUGAAUGCCAUUGCCACAGACAUCAUCCACCUGCACAGCCAACGACUAGACGGUUACCGGGGGGACUUUGAAACCUUUAUCAAAAGCAAGCAGGAGCGGCUCCUCAAUCAGCAGCGCGAGUAUGAGGCCCAGCAGCAGUACCGCCAGCACAUCCAGGUCUUCAUAGACCGUUUUCGGUACAAUGCCAACAGAGCGUCUCAAGUGCAGAGUAAACUCAAGAUGCUGGAGAAGCUACCUGAGCUAAAGCCGGUGGACAAGGAGUCAGAGGUGGUAAUGAAGUUCCCUGAUGGCUUCGAGAAGUUCUCACCACCAAUUUUGCAGCUAGAUGAGGUGGAUUUCUACUAUGACCCUAAACACGUCAUCUUCAGUCACCUGUCUGUCUCUGCUGACCUUGAGUCUCGCAUCUGCGUGGUUGGAGAGAACGGGGCUGGGAAAUCUACUAUGCUGAAGCUGCUCAUGGGGGACCUGACUCCUGUUCGAGGUAUCAGGCAUGCCCACAGGAAUCUGAAGAUAGGCUAUUUCAGCCAGCACCACGUGGAACAGCUAGACCUGAACGUCAGCGCUGUGGAACUCCUAGCUCGAAAGUUCCCUGGGCGACCCGAAGAGGAAUAUCGACACCAGUUGGGCCGGUAUGGCAUCUCUGGGGAACUGGCCAUGCGCCCUGUUGCAAGUUUAUCUGGGGGCCAGAAGAGCCGGGUAGCCUUUGCUCAGAUGACCAUGCCUUGCCCCAACUUCUACAUUCUGGAUGAGCCCACAAACCACCUGGACAUGGAGACAAUUGAGGCUUUGGGCCAUGCUCUCAACAACUUCAGGGGUGGCGUGAUUCUGGUAUCACAUGACGAGCGCUUCAUCCGGCUGGUGUGCCAGGAGCUGUGGGUGUGUGAGAAAGGCAGUGUGACCCGGGUUGAGGGAGGAUUUGACCAGUACCGUGCCCUCCUCCAAGAACAGUUCCGCCGGGAGGGCUUCCUCUAGAGCCCCCCGACCGAGUAAGGACUGUGCCUAGGACAUGGACUGGUCUCACAAGACCCCUGAGCUACCGUAUAGGCAACCAACUCCAGAGUUGGGACUUUCCCUAUUUGGGGACAGCCUUAUUUUCCAGAUUUCUUUUCCUUUCAACUGGAGCAUCCUCUGCACAAUGUGGGGAGGCCUAUCGAAGGGCUGGUGGAGACCAGCUCUGAUGGAAAAGGGUAGGGGUGCCAUCUGGGGUUAUAAGUACCCGAAUGCCCAGCGUGACAGGGCCCCACGUGGCUGCUAUGUAAAUUAAAUAUCCUCCUGUA